CAGGCAGUGAGGAGGCGCCACCAUGGAGCAGUUUGAACAGUUGCUGACCUGCGCCAUAUGUUUGGACCGAUACCGUAACCCAAAACUACUACCAUGUCAGCACUCAUUUUGCAUGGAGCCCUGUAUGGACGGGCUGGUAGACUACGUCCGGAGACAGGUAAAAUGCCCCGAAUGCAGAGCAGAGCACCGCAUCCCCUACCAGGGGGUGCAGGGCUACCCCACCAAUGUCACCCUGCAGCGCUUCCUCGAGCUGCACAUCGAGAUCACCGGCGAGCUGCCCGACCCCACCAGCGGGCAGAUCAUGGAGCGCUGCAACGUGUGCUCCGAGAAGGCCUACUGCUCGGCCUGCGUGCACUGCGACAAGAAGAUCUGCGGCGACUGCAAAGGCGCGCACAUGGACAUCCUGCGGCGCGAGAUCUCCCGCAUCAACAACCAGAUCCGCCGCGCGCUGCACCGCCUGCAGGACGCGCUGGCGCUCGUCGAGAAGAACCAGUGCAGCCUGCUGCAGAACUGCAGCGCCGUGUCCGAGGAGGUGGACGAGAUCUACCGCCGCCUCAACAAGGCGCUCAAGGACCGCACGGAAUAUCUGCGCGGUGAGAUCGACCGCUACCUGUCGGUGGAGCAACGCAACCUAUGCACGCUCAAGGAGAACCUCGAGCAGGAGAUCUCCAACAUCCAGAGCAACUGCGACCUGGCCGACAAGCACAUGACGGAGAACGUGGAGUGGGACGAUUGCGAGCUGAUGGACGCCAAGGAGAUCUUCCUCAAGACGGUGGAGUUCAUCCGGAACUUCGAGUACGAGAACGCGGACUACGCGCGCCGCGUGCGCUUCACCAUGGCGCACGACCCCAACCAGCUGGUGCUGCACGUGGCGGGCUACGGCGAGCUCACCAUCAACAUGCCGCACCAGCACGGCGUGGGGCCGGGCGGCGGCGUGGUGGGCAGCGCGAGCACGGGCGGGCUGCUGGCGCCGCCGGGCGGCGGGCCGGGCCUGAUGCGCUCCAAGAGCGACCACCGCCUGGCGUCGCAGUUCCGCCAGCAGGAAGAGGAGGCGCAGCCGGCGCGACCGACGCCUGCUUGGCGACACGGACGCGGCGGCCCGCGGCCGGCCGCUCUCCCCGCUGGCGGCGGCGCUUCGGCGCCGCGGCCCCCGCCAGCCCCGCCGACCGCUACGAUUCCUCCUCGGCAGGUACGGCAGAGGCGGCGGCGGUGGCGACGCGGCCGACGACUACCGCGGGGAGUUUCGAGUCCCGUAGACAACGAGGGCGGGCGCGCGGGCCGCUACCGCUCGCGCUUCACUCGCGCACCUGGGCGGAGGCAACGGCGACUCGGACCCGACGCGCAGACCGGCGCUCCGUGCGCUUCUCGGGCGACGCGGACGCGCCACCACAAGGAGCGCGAGCGCGUGCUCGACACCGAGGACGUGUCGCGCGGCCCGCUGUCGGGCAUCCACGCCGCUCCUACGACUCGCCGCGCGUCAUGA